AAUACUAAUCCAAAAGCACAAAAUCCACAACCCGCACCUGUUGUUGAUGAUGAAGGGGUUAUUGAUUUGGGAAAUCUCAAGAGUGAUGUGUGGCAGCACUUUAUAAAGAUAAGAAAAGGAGAAUUCAUCAAAGCUAAAUGCAGUCAUUACAAGAAGUUGCUUGCUGGUGAAUCUAAUAACGGUACCUCUCACUUGAGAAAUCAUCUCAAGACUUGUAUACAAAAAAAGAUUCAAGAUGGGAAGCAAAAGGUACUUGGUGCUAACUUUGUCACUAAGGGAAAGAAAGAAAUGGUUGCUACUCAAUUUAAUGAAGCUGUUCCGAGGCAAGAUCUUGUUAUGGCCAUUCUUAUGCAUGAUUAUUCCCUGUCUAUGGUGGAUCAUUUGUACUUUAUGAGAUUCAUAUCUGGCAUCCAACCCUUGUUUAGAGUUCCUACUAGGAAUACUCUCAGAAGUGACAUUUUUAAGAUAUAUAAUAGUGAGAAGAGGAGGAUCAUGAAAUUGGUUGGUAGUAACAAAGGGAGGGUUGCCAUUACAACUGAUAUGUGGAUGACAAUCAACCAGAAAAAGGGUUACAUGGUUGUUACGGCCCAUUAUGUGGACAAUUUGUGGAUUCUUCGAAGUCAAUUCCUUAGGUAUGUUAUUUAG